CUCGUCUCAUCUCUAUCCACCGGCCUCAGGUCCCCCCCCCUCCUCAAAACAAAAGGAAGAUUGUUCCAUCAUCUCCCUUGUUCAACAGGAUGAACCUAUCACAGACGUCCCUCUCCCUCGCGAUCCUGGCCUCGUCGGCCGGGACCUACAUCGCCCUCCGCAACCCCAACCCCGGCCCGCCGAAGAAAUCCGGCGACGACUCGGAGCGCCCGCCCCCGGAGCACGCAGACUCGAUCCGCUGGAUGAACCUCACCCACCGGCACACCCCAAAGGUCAUCCUCCUGCCCCUCGCCCUCCUGUCCCUUCACCUCGCGGCCCUCGCCUUCUUCCACCCGGACAUCCCCCCCGCCGUCCUCCGCCACGGCGCCGAGAACGGCCUGAGCCCCUCCCUGACGACCUGGUCGCCCUCGACACUGCUGCCGCUCGCCGCCCUCUUCCUCGCCGGCGUCCCGCUGCGCCUCGGGCCCUACCGCUCGCUCGGCAGCGACUUCACCUUCGACCUCGCCAAGCCGGACCGCCUCAAGACCACGGGCAUCUACGCCCUCGUGCAGCACCCGAGCUACACGGGCGUCGUGGUCCUCGUGCUCUCCAACGUCGCUCUGCUCGCGCGGCUCGACGGCGUGCUGAGCUGCUGGGUCCCGCCCGCACUGCACCGCGCCCUGACGGCCGUCGACUGGGUCCUGGGGCCCGCGGCGUGCCUGGUGUUCCUGUUCGGCGUGUGGACCAGAGUCCGGGAGGAGGAGCGCAUGCUGCGGUCCGAGUUCGGGGAGAAGUGGGAGCGCUGGCAUGCCUCGACGGCGCGUUUCAUCCCGUAUGUAUUCUGAAUUUGGUAGUGGAGGAGGAGGAGGAGGAGGAGGAGGAGGAGGAUACAGGCGUCGUGCGGCUUUCUGUUGACCUGGAAGCAAGCCAGGUCUUUUUGUCAUGGGUUUAGCCAGGUGUACAGAGACUGCAGACAUGGAAAUGCGGUUCACACUGCUUCAUCAGUCUUUGUUUUAUUUAUUUUUACAGCAUUUCCUCUUUUGGAAACCGCUUGCAUUGCAUCCUCUCAAGAUGAACAUAGAAUCAAAUCUCUUUAUUCGGUCUCAUCCGAGACG